AUGGAACCAGAGUUUAGUAUUUUUGCGACCCCAUUCAAUGUUAAUUACGAAGAAGUUGAUGCAAAAUUUCAACUUGAGUUAAUAGAACUGAACUGUAAUACUCUCCUGAAACAAACUUUUCAUACAGUACCAUUAAUAGAAUUUUAUAAAAAUUUAAGUCCAGAUAAUUUCCCAAAUCUAAUUACUCAUGCAAUGAAGAUAAUGACAAUGUUCGGCUCAUCUUAUAUAUGCGAACAAAUCUUUUCAACAAUGAAGCUUAGGAAAACUUCUUUAAGAAACAGAAUUACAGAUGAGCACCUUUCAUCAGUUUUAAGAAUCUCUGCUUCGCAAAUGGAACCGGACUAUGAUGAACUUUUGAUGAAACAGUCUCAAUUUCAUUUUUCUCAUGCACCAUCAACCAGUAAUGACACCAGAUAA